ACACCAACCACCAUGUUCUACUCAGAAGAGAUGUUGUCGCGUAGGGGCCCGCUUGGGAGGGUCUGGCUGGCGGCGCACAUGGAAAGAAAGCUCUCCAAAGCGCAAACUCUCCAAACCGACAUUGAGCAAUCCGUUGGCGAGAUACUUGGCCAAGAGGUCGAGCUCAUGGCACUCCGUCUCAGUGGCCAACUGCUCCUUGGUGUUGUUCGCAUCUACAGCAGGAAAGCCAGGUAUCUCCUCGAUGACUGCAAUGAGGCGCUUCUCAAAAUCAAGAUGGCUUUCCGUCCCGGCGCCGUGGACAUGACUGAAGACCAACUUGCAGUUAACAAGAACGCGAUCACGUUGCAAGAGGGUGCACUCGAUAUUGACUUGCUGCUUCCAGACAUCAACUGGGACCGCGAGUUCAACUUUGAAGAUCGACCCCUGGCAGCUCAUGGCCAGCACCAAGCGAACAUCGCUGACAUUACUCUUCGGACUACUGCGGAUGCGUUUGGGAGCGGAUUUGGUAUGGAUGACCCAUUCGAUCUUGGUCCUUCAGAUGGGCUCGGCUCUCAAGACUUCGACCUGGGACUUGACUGGGGCGAUAAGCCGGAAAACGAGGACAAUAUGAGUGUCGACGGGAGUGUAGGCGUUGGGCGUGACCUUCCUGUCUUGGACGAAUCACUCGAUGGCCAAUUCAUGCGUAACGGCGACAUGGAUAUUGACCUAUUCUCAACGCAUUCCAAGAGCAGAGCGGCGUCAGAGCAUCCCUUCGACGGCGAUAUGAUGAACAUUGACCUCCCUGACAUGGACCUCGGCAUCAAUUUUGGAGACGAACGCGAGAAGACUCCUGACCAAAUAAGGGAUUCUCGAGCGUCUUCGCCCUUGUCUGACGUCCCUCCCACUCCCCCACCUGGGGAGCCCAUCCCUUUGCCCUCGGACAAGACACCCAAAGGGAAGCGCAAGCCUAAGGAGAAGAAACAAAUUAUCGACUCUGUUACGGAGCUCGCGGGCGGGCCUGGUUCUCAAGUUGGUCGACGAAAUAACGGUCUCGGUCCAGCAGUCGCGGUAGAUGUCAGCGACAUUCUGGCUGAACAGCAUUUUAUACCUCGUGAUCCUCUGGUAGCGCGACUGUUGGAGAUUCGGGAAGAUCCUAUCGCGCAUUUCCUGCCGACUAAAGUGACCCCCAACGGGUCUUUCUUUUUCGCGGGUCCUCCAGGGCUCGCACCCGAACUUGCCGAAUUAUUUAUGCACCCGUUCAAUACCCCGUCAGCUAAACGAAAAUUGGGUGCCAACGAUAAACCGGCAAGCAAGCGACCCCGGCUGGAUGAAGUCGAUGAUGAACCUGAACAACUUCGUCGUGCGGGAAGUGUUGCACCAAGCAUCGCGGGCCGCAGUGAAAUUCGUGCUGGAAGCAUGGUCCCUGACGCUACAUUCGACUUUGGGGACCAGAACGGCAUUCCUCUGGACGACUUCCAACUUGAUAUACCUGAGCUGGACGUCAAUCUUCGCGGGAAAUCUGUCCCUCCGUCAGAACUCAGUCGAUUGUCCACUCCGGCGCCUGAUAUUUUCGAUGAGACGGCGGAAAAUUAUGCAGACGCGACCUGCCCCAUCUAUAUGUUUGACACAAGAACCCAGAGUCAGGCAGUGGAUGAGACUGCUGAGGGAGAUGGCAAGGGCUACAGCAAGAAUACCAUCAAGGCACUGGGAAUCAUCCGUAAAGAACUCAAGCCUGCUGACGACGAGGACGAAGCCAAAACCCUCAGUUUCCGGCAGAUGGCUGAUAAAGCUUCGCGUCGUGCUGCCGCAUCCUUCUUCUUUGAGCUGCUUGUGUUAAGCACUCGCGACUGUAUCAAAAUCAACCAGGCUAAGCCAUUCGACAACAUCGAGGUUCAAGCCAAAGACAAGCUUUGGGAGCGACAAGGCCAUGGCGCGCCAUCUCGCGCUGCAUCGGUUGCCCGGUCUGUGGGAUCUGCUUUAGGGUUGUAA